CUGCCAAAGUUGAGGAAAAGGAAGAUCCCAGGUUAUAGACUCCUGGGCUUUUAGACACAGAGACCAGCAGGACUCCAGCCACAAACCUGACUCCUCCCUUGCUAACCUCUACCCCACUCUCUAGGAUUUCAUUUUAACCAACUCUGCUCAUUGCUGCACUGCAAACCCAAGAAUCACAGCCUCCAGACUUUGCACAGCCCCAGCCUGGUCACUGGCCCUGCCUCCAUUUCAGCUCUUACAGCCUCAGAGUUGGCCCAAGGAUGUCAAUGAACUAUGAAGACCUCCAGUCCUUGGAGAGUGAGAAGAAAAGCCAGGGUUCUAGAAAGGGGCUGCCUCCUCCCCCAGCCUUCCUGCAGCAUCUCUGCUCUGGCCCCUGGCCCCUUCUGCUCUCUCUGGGCCUCAUCCUUCUCCUGAUGAUUGGUAUCUGCGUGAUUGGAUCCAAAAAUGCCAAGGUUCAGAGUGAUGUGGAGACCCUGAGAGCAUCUUUCAGCAACUUCACUUCCAACACGAUGGCUGAAGUCCAGGCACUGCACUCCCAGGGUGGCAGUUUGCAAACAACAAUAACAUCUCUGAAAGCUGUGGUGGAAAAGCAGGAGCAGGAGCUGCAAGCAGCCCGCAGCCUGAAUGACAAGGUGUUUUCUCUGGAGAGCAAGCUGGAGAAAGAGCAGCAGGAACUCAAAGCAGAUUAUUCUGAAAUGCUCCUGGGAGUCCAACAACUGGAAAAAGACCUGAACUCCCUGCAUUGUCAGCUGGCUGCGCUCAAGAGCAAUGGCUCUCAAAAUACCUGCUGCCCCAUUGGCUGGCUGGAGUAUGAAGGCAGCUGCUACUGGUUUUCUCGCUCUGUAUUGACCUGGCCUGAGGCUGAGAAGCACUGCCAGCUGGAGAACGCCCACCUGGUGGUCGUGGGCUCCCGGAAGGAGCAGAGGUUUCUUCAGCAACACAUGUACCCUGUGGACACCUGGAUUGGCCUCACUGACCAACAUGGUCCCUGGACAUGGGUGGACGGGACAGACUAUAAGACCGGCUUCCAGAACUGGAGUCCAACGCAGCCAGACAAUUGGUACUACCAUGGGCAAGAGGACUGUGCCCACUUCAGGACCGAUGGCCAAUGGAACGAUAACCUGUGCGUGAUGCCCUUCCACUGGGUCUGCGAGACAGAGCUGAGCAGAUCCAGCUCCUAGCCUCCUCUCCCCUAGUCUAUUUCCUUAAUGCUUCCACCUGCUGAGGGAACCUGGGUGGGGAUUCUUUUUUCUGGGGGGCCUCCUGCAUCACCCCAGGGGUUUGCAUCUAGGAUAUGAAGGGAAGGGGAGAGGACGAUGUGUGAGGAAUGUAGAAUGAUGUUUGAUGGGGUGGGUAGAUGAAAAACCACGCCACUCUCUGCAAUUUGCAGGUUAUUAUUGUCAACUUUUUUUAGAAUAAAAAGAAGAG